AUGGAGACCCUGGAUGAAUUUGACAAUGAAUAUCCACUCCUCAUAACUUUCUGCGAGCGGAUCUCCCCCCAGGCCUUUGAGAAACAGUCUUUGAGUUAUACUCAGAAAUCGCUGCAGAAUCUUUAUACCCAAAUGGAGCAGAAUCCCAGAAUCUGUGAGAGGAUCCUGCGCAAGAGGAAGCAGAUGGAGAAUGAGGAAGCUGGUGUGGUGCAAUAUCUGAAGGCCAAGUUUUUUGCCAUACUUCAGGGAGACAUGAACUACAACAACUUUAUGGAGGAAAUGGAGAUAGGAGAAAAGGCGGAGCAACUCAUGCGUGAGAUGCAGAAGGCCAGUGACUACGGUCAUUCUGCCAAAAUUGUGCCAUGGAAGCAUCGGAAAACGAGGACUAGGAAGAACAUUCUGUCAGGAGGAUUCAGCCCCAGCCAGAUCAGUCUUUCAGAUUCACGUGUUGCAACUGUGCCCAAAAUCUUUGGUUCUUUCCCAAAGCAGAUGGAGAGAGCCCUGGAUUCCAACACAGACUUGAAGCAGCUCUGGGCUGGCAUGUCUUCGGUCAAUCAGAAGAGCAUAGUCGACCUGCGGCCCUUAAUGCUGAACCCUGGUGGCUUCCGUCCCCCAUACUUCGGUAGCAACUCCUUCUGUAGACUGAAAUACUCCAGUUUUCCAAGGACUCCCAUCAACAGCCCUACUUCAUCUUCCCAGAGUGCUGGUCCAUCCAGCAGUGGCUCAGUUUUCAACACUCCUAUACUGGCCAAGUUCAGAGAGAACAAAGAUGAUGAGAAGGAUAUGGAAAACCCGGGCCCUGGUUCCCACUUUACGGAGCCCUGAAUGUCUUUUCAUGUGUGAUCCUAAGCGAAUUAAAGGUCACUGCAU